GGUCCUGUCAGUCUGCUGUUGGAGAAGAGAUAGAGAUAACCUGGGCUAUCAUCGUACUGCUGCUGGUGUUGGUUCAUUAUGGCAGCAUAUACUUAUGGUCUGAUUCUUUGUUCUUUCCUGUGGAUUGUUUCUCCAGCAGAAGGAAAAGAGUUUACCGUCAUCUGUCGGAUUUCAGAGGAAUGCGUGCUCCCCUGUCAGUUCCAAUAUGACGGCAAAGGUGUGAGGGUCAUGUGGUCCAAGAUGGACACCGAUAAUGUGGUGAUCUGCUCACGCUUUGGCGACUCGAGCUUUUUGAAGGGCCACAAAGUGGCAGCUGCUGAGUAUGCAGGGAGAACACGCCUGUAUGACGACCAGGUAAAGAAGGGAAAAGCAACACUGCUGCUGAGAAACAUCAAGCCAAAAGAUGAGGGCACAUACGUCUGCAUGACCCAUAGUGCAACUGACGCUGACGUAUCUGCCAUCGUCUUUAUCGUUAUCAAAGCUACAGUUGAUAAAGUCGACCUCCAGCAGGUAGAAAACAAGAUCACCUGCAGCUCGGAGGGGAUCUACCCUGAACCUGAGCUCACCUGGUCCACCAGCCCUCCAUCCAACAUGAACCUCCAGAGUAAAACCACCAUCCAGCAAACUGUGCACCACCUCUACAACAUCAGAGGUUUUCUGACAGUUUCAGAUAUUGAUCUGAGCUACAGCUGCACCGUCAGCACUGAGAGACACAAGAGGAGAGCCACUUUGUUUAAAACAACUUCUAUCACUGGAUCCAGCACUGAAGCAACGAUCCCCUGCACGGCCUCAAACACUCCCCCAACAGGCCUUGUCUGGAAAUUCAACCACAAUCAGAUCAUCCUGACCCGGACCGGAGCUGGCGUCUCCUCCUCAGUCUCGGAGAAGUGGAGGAAGCAGGUGAAAAGUGUGUCAGAGUCAGGCAGCCUCACACUACAGGACUUAUCUCCAUAUCAUGAAGGAACAUACACCUGUGAACUGAGUGAUGCUGAGGAGACACUGAUAACCAACACCUUUCUGAGGAUAGAGGACAAUCCAGGGUAUUCAGCCAAAGUUGGAGGCAUUCUAGGCUGGGUGGUGGUAGCCAUUUUGGUCCUAGCAGCAACAGUCGUCCUUGUUCUGUACUGUCAAAGGCGAAAUUGCGCACCAACAUAUGAAGAAACGCCACGUCAGAAUCAAUGAAUUCCAGACCGGCAACCCUCUGCUUCAGUAAACUGGAGACUCUGAUGUAUAACUGUGUUAAACGACUGUGAGCAUGACAUGAACAUUCAUGUCAUAUGGACAAGAACUGUAAAGAAGAGGAGUUCAAGACGAACAAACCUCUCCACCGAACACUGAAGGAUUAGAUUAUGUUCUGAACUAUUGAUGUGCAAUGGAGUAAACAAACAUUUUGUCUUCCAGGUUCUCCUGGUUUCUCCUUUGUGGUUUCCUCUUAAAGGAGCUAUUUGUUUAAGUUUAUAUGUAGCUAACGUUAGCAUUAGCAGCUGUUUACUUACCAGCCUAGAAGAAAUGUGGCAAGUUCAGCAUCAAACUUUAUUCCUUUACUCAUCAACAGCUGUCUCUAGAGAUGGAAAGCGACCAUCUUGUUUUGCUUCUACUUCUAUCUCUUUUCAUCUACUGAAGUUAGCAUGCUAACUAGUUAACUAGCUAAUUCAGUCUGCCCUGAAGAAGUAGCUGCUCAGAGGACGUAUUUUAACCUCUUGUCCUGCAAACACAACUAUGGCUGAAGCUCUUGUCCAGACUGGUAACAGGUGUCAAUGCUAACGCUAGCGAUGUAGCAAUAGCAAAACUUACAGAUAGCUCAACCCUUAAAUGAUUUCUGUACAAAAAUAAAAUCAAAGAUGCUGA